GGGCCGGGAAGGGGGCGGCCCGGAGCCGCGCUGCCGGAGAUGGGAGGUUGAGACAGAAAGAGAGGGGACGAGGCGGUAGGUUGGAGGAAGGCUGUUGUGGGUCUCCGACGGGAGGGUUGAGCCCGCCAUGGAGCCGGUGACCAAGUGGACCCCGAAGCAAGUGGUGGAUUGGACUAAGGGUCUGGAUGAUUGUUUGCAGCAAUAUGUCCAUAAAUUUGAACGGGAGAAGAUAAACGGUGAACAGCUGUUACAGAUUUCUCAUCAGGGCCUUGAAGAAUUGGGUAUUUCACGGAUUGGACAUCAGGAACUGGUUCUAGAGGCUGUGGAUCUCCUGUGUGCAUUGAACUAUGGCCUUGAAACAGACAAUAUGAAGAACCUGGUUCUGAAGCUGCGAGCAUCAUCCAACAAUCUGCAAAAUUACAUCAGCAGCCGUAGGAAAAGUUCAAAUUAUGAUGGAAAUACCUCUCGCAAACCCCCCAAUGAGUUCCUUACUUCUGUGGUGGAGCUUAUUGGUGCUGCUAAAGCCUUGCUUGCAUGGUUGGACAGGACUCCAUUUACAGGUAUUGCUGACUUUUCAUCAAUGAAGAACAGAAUCAUUCAGCUUUGCUUGGAUCUCACUACUACUGUUCAGAAGGACUGCACUGUGGCUGACAUGGAAGAUAAAGUUCAGAGUGUAGCCAAGACUUUAAAUGGCAUUUGUGAUAAAGCCAUCCGAUCAACUACAGAUUCAUUGAUGAGCCAGUGUGCGUGUCUAGAGGAGGUUCAUUUAACCAACAUUAAACCUGGGGAAGGCCUGGGAAUGUACAUCAAAUCAACCUAUGAUGGAUUACAUGUAAUUACUGGGACUACAGAAAAUUCCCCUGCUGAUCGGUCUCAGAAGAUUCAUGCUGGUGAUGAAGUGAUCCAAGUUAAUCGACAGACUGUGGUUGGAUGGCAACUAAAAAAUCUAGUGGCAAAGCUGCGAGAGAAUCCUGCUGGAGUUAGGCUACUGCUUAAGAAACGUCCUACUGGUUCUUUCCAUUUUACACCUGCUCCGCUAAAGAACUUGCGCUGGAAACCACCCUUGGUGCAGGUGAGAGGCUGCCAGCUCCACUCUUGUGUCAGGAUGGGAACGCCCUGUUUUCAGCUUGAGAAAUAUCAGAAACGCCACCAGACCAGUCCUCUGCCAACUUCAACCCAGUCACCAGAAAGCACCAUGGAUACCUCACUGAAAAAAGAAAAGCCAGCCAUUUUGGAUCUGUACAUACCACCUCCACCAGCUGUUCCAUAUUCUCCUCGAGAUGAAAAGGGGAGUUUUGUGUAUGGAGGAUGCAACAAACCCAGUCAGCCACUGCCUGGGUCCAAGGGUGCCGAGUCUCCCAAUUCUUUUCUGGAUCAGGAGAGUCGAAGGCGAAGGUUUACUAUUGCAGAUUCGGACCAGUUGCCUGGGUAUCACAUGGAAGCAAAUAUCCGGCCAGCCAAAAUGAGAGAAAAAACACAAUCUUAUGGAAAACCUCGCCCUUUGUCAAUGCCUGCUGAUGGGAGCUGGAUAGGAGCUGCAGAACCCUUCUCUAGGCCACGAGCACAAGGGAGAAAAGGUGAAGAUGUCCUCUGCAGGUAUUUCAGUAAUGAAAGAAUACCCCCAAUCAUUGAAGAAAGCCCCUCCACACAACAUCUCCUUUCAAGGCCAGCGUCUGACAAGCAGUUGGUGAGAGGAACAGAUUACAUUCGAGGCAGUAGGUGUUUUAUGAAUACAGACCUCCACAACAGUGCAACAAUUCCUUUCCAAGAGGAAGGUGCUAAAAAAUCUGCUGUUACAUCAUCCACAAAAUCUUCCUCUGCGGAGCCUUCACUGCUGGUCAGUUGGAUCACGAGACUGAAAUUGUUGACUCAUUGACUACAUUGUUCACAGGACUAUUGCCAAGUGCCUUUACUCAUUGGUCAAACUUCUCUACUUUUCAGCUUAACUGAUGCAUACUGACUAAUGCGGUGUUCCUUUCCUGGAGAAUCUUAAUUUUUGCCUUUCUGUCUGUGACUUUUGAUGGAUCAGGGGGUUUCCUGUUGCAAGGAGGGAAGAAAGAUAAAGAUCAAGUUCCUCUUCCUAGACAAAAGAUGAGGGCAUUUAUUCACCUGGAAAUGAGUAAAAAAUCAGCAAUAUAGAAGCUACACAUGACCUGAAAUAUGCAUAACGACUUGAAGGAAAUCAUUGCAUUAUCAUAAAGUCCAAUGGCACUUCAGUUGUCUGAAUAUUUAGAGGUUGCUGCAACUGACUGGAUGUUAGAGUAUGCAGAGCUCAGCAAAGGUUGUGUUGCUCUCCUCACCAGGAAAGAUAAGCAGGGAAAGAGCAGUUUUGUGCAACUUACUGAUCCUGUUCCAAUUACUGCAUAAGAUCAACCCUGUGAGGAAGAAGUAGUAGCGUUGCCGUUCUUUCUCUGAUAUCCAGAGAUCUUAGGAAGUUGGACUAAUUUAAUUAUAAAUCAAGCCAACCUGAUAUAUGAUUAAUUUUAUUGAAAUCACAGUAUAAAUAAAGAGCACUGAACAACUGCAUUGCUCAUCUGUAAUGAUAUGUGGAUCACUACAACGUGCCAAGGAAAUGCAUCUGUAGAGGUGGUGAAAGAAUAGAUAUAUUUUUUCCUUAAUUGUUUAAGAAUGAUUUGCUGUUAACCAAAGUAAGCUUUUAAAGACAGUCCUGUUGGACUUAGGAGAAUUCUUACAGUUGUUCAGUUUUUGACUGAUGUGUUUUUAUGAAAAAAUGUGCUAUGAUACAUUACAAUUGUAAGACAUCUUGCUAUUUUCUGUAUAGCUCAAAUUUUUCCCUCUCCAGAAAUUUAAAAUAGCAUUGGGUAUUUUGGGAGGAAAAUAAAACUUGUUUAACACAAGAGGAUAUUAAAGAGGUAUUGUUUAAAA